AUGCCAUACAAACUCAUGUACUUCAAUGCCCGUGGAACGGCGGAGGUUAUUCGUCAGAUAUUUGUUCUUGCCAACGAGAAAUUUGAGGACAUUCGCUACACCUUUGAUGAAUGGCCGCAACACAAGCAAGAGAUGCCGUUUGGCCAAAUGCCGGUGCUUGAGAUCGACGGUCAAAAGCUUGCGCAAUCUUUUGCUAUUGCUCGAUUUCUUGCAAAAAAGUUUGGUUUUAAUCUGAAUAAUGCGCUCAUUCUUUUAGGACUCGCGCCCAAGUGCCCCUUCGAGGAGGCGCUCGUCGACUCGAUCAUGGAUCAGUACAAGGAUUUCCAAAAUGAAAUUCGCCCAGUGUUUAGAAUCAUUGCAGGAUUUGCGGAAGGAGAUCUUGUGGGUGCAAGUCAAAAAGAUUGA